GUUUGUGUUCAAGAUCGGCGCCGAUAAUUAACGACGGAUUUCACAAAAUCUCGAACCUCGAAACCGGACAGUUCGAGGAUCACAAGGAGCUUGUAGCAGAAAGGUGGGAUUAGUUUUCGACAAGGUGAAAUUUGGAAUGGGAGUAAGUUAACACGUUUCACCCAAUCCAAAUACUGGGUGAAAAUAUAUACGUCAUCAUCUGAAUCUUGGUCCCUACCCAUUUAUUCUUCGCUUUUAUCACCAUUGUAUUUGUAUGUAUUCUCUCAAAUAUCUUUUCAGAAAAUUAUUUAAUAUUUUCCUCUUUCAAAUUUCAAUGCACCUUGUGUCUUUUUUUCCCUGAUUUUAAUAUUGUUCGCUACUUCACUGUGCAGCUUUCCUCCGAUAAAAAUUAUAUAUUCAGAUUUGAAUAAAUUAUAAAACCCACCCACCAAAUCAAUCCCCAAGAAAAAUUAUUCAGCCAAAGAUUUCAACUUUGGCGUGUAAACAGUGCAUCGAGCGAGUGUUCGGUCUAUUGACGGAGAUCGUGAUUUGUGGGUUCUACUUGUGCGAUUGAAAAAGAUGGGAAAGGUGGCGGUGGCGGCGGCGGUGGUGUGCACGGCAGCGGUUUGCGCGGCGGCUGUGGUGGUGGCGAGGCGGCAGAUGAAAAGCUCCGGGAGGUGGGCCAAGGCGGAGGCCAUUCUGAGGGAGCUGGAGGAGAAGUGCGCGGCCCCCACGGCCAAGCUCCGGCAAGUGGCCGACGCCAUGACGGUGGAGAUGCACGCGGGCCUCGCAUCUGAGGGCGGCAGCAAGCUCAAGAUGCUCAUUAGCUACGUUGACAACCUCCCUACUGGGGACGAAAAAGGAUUGUUUUAUGCAUUGGAUCUUGGUGGCACAAAUUUUCGUGUUAUGCGUGUUCAGUUAGGUGGUAAAGGAAGUAAGCCCAAACAAGAAUGCGAGGAGGUCUCUAUCCCGCCACAUUUGAUGGUUGGGUCAUCUCAUGAAUUGUUUGAUUUUAUUGCUGCUGCACUUGCGAAAUUUGUUUCUAAGGAAGGAGAAUGUGAAGAGUUUCAUCUCCCACCAGGCAAGCAAAGGGAGCUCGGCUUUACCUUUUCGUUUCCUGUCAGGCAAUUAUCAUUGGCAUCAGGAACUCUUAUAAAGUGGACGAAAGGCUUCCUUAUAGAAGAUGCGGUUAAUCUCUUUUUAGCAUUUGUUUUGCAGUUAAAACAUGAUUUUGACGUUGGAGAAGAUGUUGUUGAAGAGCUGGUGAAAGCAAUGGAAAGAGCCAACCUUGAUAUGCGCGUGGCUGCUUUGGUCAACGAUACUGUCGGGACAUUAGCCGGUGGAAGGUAUGACAAUCCAAAUGUGGUUGCAGCUGUUAUACUCGGAACAGGAACUAAUGCAGCUUAUGUUGAACGUGCACAUGCAAUUCCUAAAUGGCAGGGUUUGCUACCUAAAUCGGGAGAGAUGGUUAUAAACAUGGAAUGGGGUAAUUUUCGGUCAUCACAUUUACCGCUUACGGAGUAUGACCAGAGUCUUGAUGCUGAGAGUUUAAACCCUGGGGAACAGAUUUUCGAGAAACUUAUUUCUGGAAUGUAUCUGGGGGAAAUUGUUCGUAGGGUUUUGUGCAGGAUGGCAGAGGAGGCAUGCUUUUUUGGAGAUAAUAUCCCACCAAAACUGAAAAUUCCCUUCAUAUUGAGAACCCCAGACAUGUCUGCCAUGCAUCACGACACUUCAUCUGAUCUCAGGGUUGUCGGGAGCAAGCUAAAGGACAUCUUGGAGGUGCCUAGCUCGUCGCUGAAGAUGAGGAAAAUGGUUGUGUCCAUAUGCGACGUUGUGGCCUUGCGCGGGGCCCGCCUCGCGGCUGCUGGCAUUCUCGGCAUUCUGAAGAAGCUCGACAGAGACAACAGCAGCGAGAAGUCUGUAGUGGCAGUUGACGGUGGGUUGUUCGAGCACUACACGAAAUUUAGGAACUGUAUGGAUGCCACUCUCAAGGAGCUGCUGGGAGAAGCAGCAGCUAAUAGGGUUGUGCUCGAGCUCUCAAAUGAUGGCUCGGGAAUUGGGGCUGCUCUUUUGGCAGCCUCUCAUUCCCAAUACAUUCAAGCCGAGGAAUAUUGAUGAGAUAUGUUCAUUUUCCUUUUUUUUUUUUUUUAUUCGUUCUUUUGUUUUGGCCGGGAUAUUUUCUCGUAUUUAGCAUAUAAUAUGUGAGCCCCUAGACCUAGUCGUAAAUUUAGAUUUUGCGUCGUGUGGGAAUAAAAUGCCGGGGCUUUGGGUUUGUUUUCGAACUUGGGAACAGCUCGGUUGGUUGACCAUUUAAUCAUUUGAAUUUGAAUCUCGUGAGAGUUGGAAAACUUAGUCUGGGAUCUGAUCUGAGGGAUUUGAAUGUUGUACACUUCCCGAAUUAAUGAAUAAGUCCCUCCGUAGGCAAGUACUUUUAUGAGUGUUGUAUUUUAGUUUUUCUCCAAAUGAAAUUCUGCUCCACCACCUUGUGAGUAAUUUAUGUAGAAGCUUUCAAGUUCCAGAUUA